UUGAGCACUACGUUGUCAAGUCACAUCCGAAAAACUUGUGUUUGAUUUGCAAACGUACAGGUGGACUGUCUGAACCUUUAGUGUCAAGCCGUUUAUUUUUUAACGUUAAUACGCAGUGAUCUGUUGGCCAUCUGAAAAGUGUGUGCGGUUUGCAGAAGUGAGGCAUGUGAGCAUGCUUUGUAUCGAUCGACCGUGCCCGUCCCCGUCGUGUCCGUCGUCGAGCUCCUCAGCGUAGUUGUUGGGCUUUCAGUAGUGAAGGAACUCACAGUGAUUCGGCAUGGCUGCUCCCGCAGCUUGUACCCGUUUCAGUGAUAACUAUGACCUCAAGGAGGAGCUUGGAAAGGGCGCCUUCUCGGUGGUGCGACGAUGCGUCCAAAAGUCGACCGGUCUCGAGUUCGCCGCCAAAAUUAUCAACACGAAGAAGCUCUCCGCCAGAGACUUCCAGAAGCUGGAGAGAGAAGCCCGCAUCUGUCGGAAACUGCAGCACCCCAAUAUAGUGCGGUUACAUGACAGUAUACAGGAAGAACACUUCCACUACCUGGUGUUUGAUUUAGUGACUGGGGGCGAGUUGUUUGAGGAUAUUGUUGCUCGAGAAUUUUACAGUGAGGCUGAUGCUUCCCAUUGCAUCCAGCAGAUAUUGGAAAGUGUUCACCACUGCCAUUCAAAUGGUGUUGUGCACAGAGAUCUCAAGCCUGAAAAUUUACUUUUGGCAAGUAAGGCAAAGGGCGCAGCUGUGAAGCUCGCAGACUUUGGCUUGGCCAUUGAAGUUCCUGGGGAGCAACAAGCUUGGUUUGGAUUUGCUGGAACUCCUGGAUAUUUAUCACCUGAAGUCUUAAAAAAGGAGCCUUAUGGCAAACCAGUAGAUAUCUGGGCAUGUGGUGUGAUCCUGUAUAUCCUGUUAGUGGGAUACCCUCCUUUUUGGGAUGAGGACCAACACCGCUUGUAUGCUCAAAUCAAAAUAGGAGCCUAUGAUUACCCAUCUCCAGAGUGGGACACUGUCACUGCUGAAGCGAAAAGCCUUAUCAACGAAAUGUUGACUGUUAAUCCCUCAAAACGAAUCACUGCCUCUGAGGCACUGAAGCACCCAUGGAUCUGCCAACGAGAGCGAGUGGCAUCAAUGGUCCACAGACAAGAGACUGUGGACUGUUUGAAGAAAUUCAAUGCAAGGCGCAAACUCAAGGGUGCCAUUUUAACCACAAUGCUUGCCACUCGCAACUUUUCCAGUAAGUAUGAUGCACAUGGCCGAAGUAUUAUUACCAAGAAAGGAGAUGGAUCCCAAGUUAAAGAAUCCACAGACAGCAGCACAACAUUGGAGGACGAUGAUAUCAAAGAGGAUAAAGUUAAGGGUGGCGUAGACCGGAGUUCGACCGUAAUUGCUAAAGAGCCAGAAGGUUCAACUCCUGGCGGAAGCACACCACCCCAGUCUCCUGCCAGUAGCAAAGUGGGUGGCCCAGUCCCAGGCUGUCCAGGCCCCAGUGCUGCAAGUGGGGCCCCCAGUGGGGCUGCCAAGAGUUCAGGGCUGACUUUGGGGCCGUUGGUGAUUCAGGGCGUACAAGCUCGUAAGCAAGAGAUAAUUAAAAUGACCGAGCAAUUGAUUGAAGCUAUCAACACAGGAGAUUAUGAGGCAUAUACGAAAAUUUGUGAUCCCCAUCUCACUGCAUUUGAACCUGAAGCUCUUGGUAAUUUAGUUGAAGGAAUGGAUUUCCACAAGUUUUACUUUGACAAUGUUUUAGGUAAAAACUGCAAAGCACUCAAUACAACAAUCUUGAACCCACACGUACAUCUAAUGGGAGAUGAAGCAGCAUGUAUUGCUUAUGUUCGUCUCACACAGUACAUGGACAAGCAGGGGCAGGCCAGCACCCACCAGUCUGAAGAAACACGUGUCUGGCACAAGCGAGACAACAAGUGGCAGAAUGUGCAUUUUCAUCGGUCAAGUGUGACACCAUCAUUUGCUAUGAAAUAGAAGUAUUAAUGUACCAGUGACACCAUGUGCCACUCCAUAACUUCUUAUUGACACUUCGAACUUUGCUGAUAUCCAGCCUAAGUGUGUCAUGCCAAGAAAAAUGCUAUAUGUUUGUAAAAUACUUCCUUGUUGACAUGCAGAGGAUCUCUUAGGUUGAACAACAAUUUUAUUAACCUGCUUGUUCACCAGCCUAGUCACUUGACCCACUUGCCAUGGACUUUUCAGUAUUCUUGUAUUGUAGAUGUGAUGGGUAAAUGCUGAACUACCCUCAUCUAUAUCAAAAGCAUCUUCUGUUUUUCAUAAUUUUUCUUGUUUUCUUCUCUUUUAUUUCUGUUACAUUUGCUGUGUAACUUGUAUGUAUGAUUACCUAUUAAAAUGUUUGUCAGAUUGUGCUGAGCACAUUUUGUGUAUAAUGUAGUUUCAUGUUAAUUUUUAUUGAGGAGGUGUACUUAAUGUGGUGUUUGUUAUAUAAGAAGCCUUUGCUCCUUAGCACCUGUUAUAAAACUAUGUUUUUGCUUCUGUCACAAUGCUAUUUCAAAGUACAAUUUAAUUUGUUGAUUUAUUAUAAUUUUUUUUUAUACCCUUGUUAGAUUAUAGCCAGGGGCUGCAACGCGAUUUACCAUCUCCAAUUUGUCUGCCUGAAUCAAACAUGAUUCCUUUGCAUCCUUUACAAGGUCUUUAAAAGGCACAUAAGCAAAACUUCUUAAAUUGUUGCAGAUUUUUGUUGGUAGGAUUGUUGUAAGUAGUGAAGUAUUUCCGCCGUAAACACAACUUUUCAUAAACUUCAGCUUUUGAAUAUAAAUAUCGAAAAAGAAAAAGACUGAAAUGAGAAGUAAUGGAGGACAUUUUGGGUCAAAAAAUGGAGUUGCAGCCUCUGAGAAUAGUUAGGAUGAUCAAAUACGUCGGUCAUUCAAAGAUCAGACUGUACGGCAGUCCCUAUUAUGCGAUAAAUGAACACUGUUGUGGGGAGGAAACCAAAUUCUCUACUUUCUCAAUUGUUAAAUAUUUCAAGUGUGUGAUAAAAACUUUUAAAAAAAUGAAAAAAAAAAAACUGAUUAAAAAGUAAUCAUGUACUUUCACUAUUUUUUCUCAACUUCACCCUUACAGGGUAUGCUAAUUCUCCUGACGUGUUCUUGAGAUUUCUUGUUUGUUCUCAGAUAAUGCAUGGACCUGAACAUUUAUCAGGCUGAUUUCUAUAAUAAUUGUAGUUGGUUUCCCUGUUUUAAAAUUUAAACUUUAAUACCACUGUUUCAUAAAACUUCUUUUGCCUUUCAAUCACCUUAGAUAUGUAACAGUUUUUACCCAUUGCAUUAACCUCAGACAUAGUUUGAUUCAUAACAUUUUUGUUUCUUUUAUUUACAUAUCUGUUGGUACUUUGUGCCUAAACUCGAGUCAGUGGUAAAAGAACGGUAGUAUUUGUCUAUGUGAUACACUGCAUGCCGCAAUACUGCAUCGAAAGAUAUGAGAAUUGAUUGUGAGCAUUUCAUAGAUGAUUUUGAAACUUCCUAAUUUAUCUCCUCUUAUUUUCUUAGUUUAUUCAUGACAACAUCUGCUCUUGUCACAAUAGUGUUUGUAAGAAAAACUGAGUAUUGAACUACCUGUUCGAUUUGUAAUGAAUCUUUUGACUGUGUUUAAGGAUCAAUGUGAAUAAUCAUGUGACUUAGUGCUGGGUAUCAUCCCAAGACAAGACACGGCCAUUAGUUAUGCCAUAGUACAUGCCGAACUUCCCCAAUUGAGCAGUGAUACUGUUCAAUCAGAUUACAAUUAGCAAUGUUAAUUUGACUGAUAACUCAAUGACUCAAGAUAAGUGUAUUUUAACGACUGCAUGUUAUGAAUUGCAAAACCUUUGGUUUUGUUGCAUUCAGUUCCCACUAGUCGUUAAUUUGUCUAAUUUCUUUUCCACAGCGAUUCUACAAUAUGUAAUAGAGUUUAAAAAUUGUAGGUGUCUUUUUCUUAUUCGCUAGUACUUACCUCCUCUUUUUAUUAAAAAGUCCUGACUAGGAAUGUGGAAUGUGUCUUAGUUUGUCAGCAUAGUGGCUCUCAAAGAGUUGUGUGCAAUGUGUGUGUAAGUGGUUAUACUCAUAUUCCCAAAUUUUAUCUGGUUGUUACCAAAAUUGUAACUGUUCUGACAGUGGACAAAUUUCUCAUUAUAAAUUAAGCUUGUAAGUUAUUGUUCUGUUAAAGACUUCAAGAUUUACUUACAAGUUUUAAUGUUGUAUUAUAUUGUAAAUCAAAACAAAAUUACAAAUCAUUAAAUGGUAUUGUCCUUACUCGUGUUCUAGAAUGUUUAAAAGGAUUUUGCUGUGCUAUUAAAAAUUUAGCAAUUUGCUAUGAAAAGUUAAUCUAAAGCCCUCAAGUUAUUUUCUCUCUUGUUCUGUUUUACAUGCGGGCUUACGUCCUCAAGGUGUUCCUUUUUGUGAGUUGAGCUUUGUGUGCUAAUUGUAAAUGGUCCUGCUAUUUUUUUUUUUUUUUUUACUUUCAUGGAUAGUUUUAAAUUCUGAAACAGUAUCCAAAUUAAUCCUCAAACUUCAUAUUGUAUUACUCAAUGAAAUUUUCUGGCUUCUUUACUACAGAUAUAUAUUUGUGAAUUAUUUUAGGUCAUAAGCUGUCAUAUACCAGUCAUUGUUUUGUCUGGUUUUUUUUUCGUGUGAGGAACACCACCUUACACCAGCAAAUUGGUGUAUCAUUUGAUUUUUUUUGUUUUGUUAUGAAAAUACUAAAGAUACGUCUCUUGUGCUCCAUGGGAGGACAGAAGACCCAUUCUUGAAGUAUCCUCAAUAAGUUCCAAAGAGCACAAGCAAAGAGUUUACUUAACCUGAAUAUUUAACAUUCCCUGUGAGACAAUUUUGAAAUUGGGACAGGAUGAAUUCAUUUUCAUGAAAUGCUUAAGUAAUGCUAAGGAAUUCUCAGUGUAAAACUUUAAAUUUUCUGUUCUGACAGUACCUUGGACUGUAAAGUUAACAACAUCUGCUGUCUGUCUCGAUUUUGAUUUGGGUGUCACUGGGCAAUUGCCUCUUUUCACUACAAGAGGAGCGACAAACUGAGUUUUUAUCUCUCAGCACUGUGGCCAAUUCAUUUCACAAUUUGUUGUGUUGCAAAGUUUUGAGAGUAAAUAAAGAAAGUUUGCUUUAAGUACCUCCUCUGUAUCUGUGAUCUCAAAUUAGGUACAGUUUAGAUUCUUGUUGGUUCCCUUAAAUGCGUGUUCAUAUAAGUAUGCAUUUGGGAAUCAUCUUCCUGGUUCCUUUUUCAUCCCUAAUAAUCUUGCGAUGGUUGUGAACAUAAUGAUGAAUGUUUGGUCUUUAGAACCAGAUCCAUCUUGAUGACAUCUUGGGGACAAUGCUGUGUUUGGUCCUGUCUUUUGUCUAUUUAAAAAGUAAUGUAAAGCGCUUAUUUUUUAAAAAAAAAUUGUUUUUCCUUUUUAAUUUUGGCCCCUGGGCUGUUGGAAACCUUCCAUGCAUUCAUGAAAUCCAGUCAUUGGCCUGCACCAGUGGACUGAAAAAUCAAGGUAUCCCCCCCCUCAAAACGAACUCUUUUUAUGCUUUUUUUCUACUGUAACUCUUUGCUGAAGAAAUAUACUGUACAAUAGUGUCAAUGCUUUAAAGAGAAGCUUCAAGGAAACUGGUCUAGUGUUAAAGAGUACUGAUAGGGAAUAGAACUUGAUCGUAACCAUGCUAGGUUAUGAUAAUGAUGGGUGCAGGCAACGUAUUUCAUUCAUAGAUCAAUUCAACAUCCUAUAGAAGUGCUUUACUUCUUGCAUUGUUUUGGCGUCCUACUAGCAUUAUCAAAUUUUUGUUAUGUUUUGUGACCAACCAUUUAUGAUGUGACUUAACAGAGUGUUUUCAUCAUUUCAUGUCCCUUGCAAAUUAUCUCCAAAAUUGAGGCAUACAUUUUUGUACAGUCAUCAGUAAAUAAGGUGAAUUCACAUGAACAUCCCCAAGCUUCAGGCACAAAACCACUUAAACUGUAGUUUUGGAGCUCAUUUGAGAUGUUAUUUCAAUAUGUAACAAGUUAUGUAAAGAUUUUCUUUUUAUUUUUAUCUUGCAAAAGUUUGAAUAAAUGUUACAAUUGUUACCUUUCAAAUUUUAUCAUUUAAUAUAUUUUGAUGAUUCGCUUUAGAAUACUUUCUGAGCUUGAGAGCCGCUGUUUGGUUUCUCUGGCAGCACAUAAACUAUCAAACGUGCACCUUUUUGCUGUACUUUCCAUACAAACAUGUGUUCCAUCUCUUCUCUGCUAAUUUUUGAAUAUCAGCUUUUUUGUGCAUUAUGUGCGUAGUUUGUAUUCAGCAACAAACUGACCGUCAUAUUGUUAAUUAAGUUAUAAACUAAGACAUUCAUUGUUGCUCUCUUUAUCCAGUCACAUAUAUUUUAUUUAUAUCAAAGCAAAAGCCAGUUCUCCAGCUAGCCUAUUCCAAACUUCGAAUAACUGAAACUUUUUAUUUGAUUUUUCUUGGUUUAAUUUUCUUGGUUUGAAUUGCAUGAGCUGACCCAGGUUAUUGAGAUGGAUUGGAUUGUUUUAGAUGUUACACACACUCAUGUGGUCGUGUUUGUUGAUUUUUUUCCUUUAUCUUCCUGAUUUUUGGUUGAAUGAUUGGCUGGCCUAAUUGUUAAUACAAAUAUUGAAUGAAUACACUGUAUUUAACGGUGUAAAUUUGAA